CUGGAAUGUGGACGGAAGACGGGCAGAAAUUCAUGGAUGAGCUGAAGGGCAAAUUUGCGGAUCGGGACCGCUCCGACGACCGGGCUCUGGAAAAGUUCAUGGAGGUGUGUCCGCACAAGGAUUUCCGGCCCUUUUUCGCGUUUCCGAAAGAGUCGAAAAUGUUACAAGCGGAGUUUCAGAAAUACGACGACAACGUGCGCAGGAAAACCUCGUGG